GAACAUCUGAGUGGAUUAAUCGCUCCGAGGACUUUAAAAGGGGAAAAUGGGACAGAGACAGGGAGAGGGAUACCACAAGCUCAUCACACAGCAUCAGAAACACACUUUGAGACUCCAACAAAAGUAACUCAUCAAAAUGGCAGACGUAGCCGUUCCCGUCGACAAGAAGUCAGCGCCCAAAUUCAAGCAGAGGGCCAUGCGCACCUUCAAGAGCAAGGCACCCAAACCCGGCCAGAAGGGAUUUGGAGACGACAUCCCCGGCAUGGAGGGUCUUGGUACAGACAUCACAGUGGUUUGCCCAUGGGAAGCCUUCGGGGACAUGGAGCUCAGCGACUUGGCGAAAUAUGGAAUUGUUUAGCCCUCUUCCCUCUGCCCUUACCCGUAUUAUCACAGUCGUCCCUCUUGUAUUUCAACUAUUGACUUAGCUGCUGAAAACCUCGUACUUGUGUGCUCUAGAGAGGAGGCAGCUAUUUGAUUAUUCAAAGGUUUGACCUGGAAAAAAUAAAUCCAGCACUCUCUCUUGUCUCAUGCACUUUAUCUGCUCCUGCAUUUCCACCAUUUCUCCAGCGUCCUCGUAAAAAUGAAAUCCAAUGCAGUACAUUUUGUAGUAUGAAAGAGGAUUUGCUAUCUGCUAUUGUGGUAUCCCAGUAACGUUUUGCUCUCCUCUUCUUCCACCUUUAUUAGCUAAAUACAUCUUUAAUAUCAUGAGAAAGUCUAUAAUUCACUUCCUUCUUCAGUAAAACAAAGAUCUAUGUAUGUUGUCAGUAGAGAGGAACAAUUCCUUAAACAA